AUGGCAAGAAACUCCAGAAGCUCGAGGAACUCGGAUCUGGAGAAAGCUGAGCACGUCUACUUCGACGUCGGCACCCCUGACCCGAUCAACCACCUGCAGAACCUGACCCCGGUCGAGAACGUGCCGUUCAUAGUCAAGAACCAGUUGGUCAAGGCCAUGAUGGCUGAGUUCCUCGCCAUGUUCGUCACCAUGCUCUUCGGGCUGUGCUGCAUGCUGCAGACCGUUCUAAGCAGCGGAACCGACGGCAGCUUCGUGACCAUCGCGCUCUGUUGGGGCCUCGCCUUCUUCUUCGGCAUCUCCAUCGCCGGCGGUGUCUCGGGCUCCCACCUGAAUCCGGCCAUCACGACGACGCUGGCGCUGGCGAAGAUGCUGCCGUGGAAGAAGGUACCGUUCUACAUCUUGAGCCAGAUCCUCGGGUCAUACGCCGCUGCGUUCUUCGCUUACGUCCUGUAUCGCCCGAUGCUCAACGAGUUGGACCCGGACCGGCUGACGACUCACACCAUCUUCGCCACAUACCCGCACGAAAACGUGGGCAACUUCACGUGUUUCGCGACGGAAUUCGUGGCGACGGCACUGCUGGUGAUUGGGAUCCUGGCAUUGCUGGACCAGCACAACCGACCGAUUGGAAGGAAGGCCGCUCCGGCUGCAAUUGGGGCCCUGGUGAGCACGCUCGCCAUGGGGUUCGGUAUGAACUCGGGGCUGGCCAUGAACCCUGCGAAGGACUUGGGCCCUCGGUUGUUCAUUUGGAGUGCUGGCUGGGGCUCCCGCGUGUUCUCACGCAGUAAUUACUUCUUCUGGAUUCCCAUUGUUGCGCCAACCUUGGGCGCUGCUGUCGGCGGAUUCAUUUACGAGGGUAUGGUCGGCUACCACCACGUCGACAAGAACCGUGGUCCGCCUCCGGAGUACCGAUUCUGA